CCCCCUCCCCGCACCCUCCCCGCCCUCAGCUACACCCCCGCCCGUCUCCCUCUCGUAGCCGCUAUGGGUGGUGGUAGCAACGCAGGCGACAACCUUGAACACAGUUUGGCGAGGGCCUGCGACCGGUGCCGCAAGGGCAAGAGGAGGUGUGAGUGGAACUCGGACGAAGACAUUGCUUGCAUUCGCUGCAUUCGUCUCAAGCUCGACUGCGCCACAACGUUGCCCGUCCGCAAGCGCGGCCGGCCUCGCAAGCGCAAGCGCGACUCGAUCGACGACGCCUCGUCGGUCACCGUCCUCCCGCCAGCGGCCUCGGCCCCGCUCUCCGAGGCCCGGCCGACAUCAAUGACGUUUACACACAUUGCGCUGCCUACAGCGCGCGGCUCGACCGUCGGCCAGGGCCAGAUUGGUCUACUCAAGGCCGUUAAGGUGACUACCAUGCAAAACGGCGCUGCCACCACGCACUCGACCUUUGGUGUUCUCGGCAACUCGGGUGUGCAGCAGCCGUUGGCAUCACUCUCCGCGCCGCAGCGGUACCCAGCUAUGCUUCCCAUGCCCGCCAUGCAAGGCAUUCCGGGCAUGUCUGGCCAGGUUGGCUUCUCGCCAGACCCGAUCCUCCUACCCUCGAUGGGCUCCUUGAAUGCGAGCCCGAUGAACGGCCUGCCAAACGACCCGCACAUGGCCCAGAUGGCGUACGGGUUUCAGAUGCAGCAGGCCCAACAGGUUGAGCAGACUCAACAAGCGCAGCAAGCGCAGCAAGCGCAGCACGCUCAGAAGGGCCAACACGCUCAGCAGGCCCAGCAACAGGUCCAUGCCACCUCGCUCGCCACACAGCGCGGCAUGCAGCAGCUUGCCAGUGCCCAGCUCGCCGCUGAGCAAGCGUCGCAGCAAGGCGGUCAACAAGUCUCACCGCAGCAGCUGCAGCAAGUGAUCGCCCAGCAGCAGCUUGCCCAGCAACAACUCGCCCAAAUGCAGACUCAGCAGGUGCAGACCCAGCAGCUCCAACAGCUUCAGCAACUGCAGCAGCUGCAGACCCAGCAACUCCAUGUUGAGCACCAAGCACAAGCACAAGCACAAGCACAUGCUCAUGCUCAUGCUCAUGCUCAGCAGUUCCAAGCUUCGCCGCCGCUCCACGAGUCACAAGAUGGGCAGGGAAGCGGACCAGCAUCGCAGGAGCAAGAGCGACCUGCGGCUCAGGGUGCAGCCUCUGUACAAGGGCAACCUGUUCAAAACGAGUUCCAGGCCUACCAGCAGUACCACGGCGAGUCCGCACUGAGCCACGACCCGCAGGCCUUGCAGCUGCUGCAGAGCCAGAGCCAGCGAAUACUCGCAGGCAUGGGCGGAGUCGCGGCAUCGUUUCCGUCGCAGUCGACACUGUCGCCGACUGCGUCGAUGCAGGCCCAUGAGCAUCUUCGUCAACAGGCCCAGCUCCGAGCGCCAGGCUCGGGCGCUUCGGCCGGCUCCGCUGGCUCAGCCGGCUCGGCCGGGUCUGCUGGUUCGGCUUCGAGUAUGGCACCCCCGCAGCAGCAUACACCACCGCUCGUUCUCCAGAACGGGGCGCUCCAGGCCGCGGGCUGUCCCAAACUGGUCCGCCUCUGUCGCGCCAAAGGACCCUCGGCUGGCUGCCGGUUUCCUCUCCGCUUGGCAAGCAGUCUGCCGUCCUCGGCGUCAUUGGCUCUGAACGUGAGUACGUCCAAGACAUGCUCCGCAUGACCCACCACACGCUCGGCAUCAUUCCUUUCAAGAUUGGCUCGAUAGCUCUCCAGCUCGCGGCUGUCCUGCCCGGCGGCUCGGAAUCGCCCGUGCCCAGGAUCCCAGUCAUUGGCGAGAUCCUUGUCCACCUCAUCAUGGCCGGCGGCGCCCUCAUCCGCGACGACCUGGCCUCGGCCCAGUUUUUGGUAGACUCGGCCUCAAAGCUUGUCGGCUCCAUCAUGGGCGUCGUCUCGGAGGAGGCCGUCAUCUGCCAUGUCCUCUUUUCCAUGUACUACCUCGACGGCUCGCCACAGCGCGCCCGCGCUCACGGCAUCAUGGCCCGCGACAUGAUCCUUCGCCUCGCCGCCGCCAACAAGGGCCUCUUUGUCCUCGAGUCGUCACGCACCCGCGUUGCGCGCUCGUCAACGCCGACUUGUGACUCGCCGUCGUCCGUCGCAGCUUCGAUCGAGCGCCUCCCGUCAGACUCGGAGCUCACCCUCCACGGCCUCCAGGCGUGGCUCUUCCGCAUGCUUCGCCUCCGCGUCGCAGCCCAUGAGCAGGUCCCACACCCGCCCACGCUCCACUCCGCCAUCAACGACAUCUACCUCCUCUAUCCAGUAUUUACCCGCAUUCUCGCCUCGUUUGUCGGCGCCAUGUCGAGGUCGACCUUCCCGCUCGUCGCCGAGGCGUCAACCCUGCUCCUUGCCUUCCUUGGCGAGCGUAACCUCGACCUCUCGGUUUGGAACCCCAUGACCGGGCCCGUCUCCCCCACUUCGCCCUCGGUCGUCUUUCUCAUCGCCCUCAUCCGCCGCGCCGAGGAGGACAGUGCCAACUUUGGCUCUGUCCCCAAUUGGACCGACACCAUCCGCGCUGGCGCCCCCGCCAUCCUCGUCCGCUUCAAGUCGCACCUCGAAGAUACCGAGAGCCUCGAGGCCGACCCCUUCCUCGUCCUCUUUCGCCACACGCUCAAGGUCCACAUUGCGCUCCUCGAGAUCAUGCUCUCCAACAUUAUGCCGGGCCUCGAAGCCAUGAACGCGGCCAUCGCCGAGCUCCUCGGCGAAGGUCCCUCGCCGCUCCUUUACUCGGUCAUGUUCAACAACUCGACCCUUUUUGCCAUCCAGGCCUACAUCGCCAUUCUCUUCCGCGACACAAACCUCGCUGGCGGUGUCGCCGCCGUCUCGGCCGGCACCCAGUCCCGCACCAUCGGCGCUUUCCUCACCCUCCUCCGCAUCGCCUUUUCGUCGUCGCCCGCAGAGCUCGCCCGUGCGGGCAUUGGCUCGGCCCCGCCAGACAUCAACACCGCCCCGGCCUCCGCCACAGGCCAGCCGCACCCUGGCCCGUCCAAGGACGCGCAGCCUCCCGUCCCCAUCCCCGUUCCUACCCCUAUGGAUGUGGCAAAGUCGAUCGCGCCCAACCCAGUCCCGGUCCCGCUCACUGUCCCAACGCCGGCACCGGCCCCCCAGCGCUCUGCCAAGAACCCGGAUGACCAACGGAGCCAAGGCUCGGGCUCGACUGGUGGCAACUCGGACUCGUCGCGCUCGACCGCGCCGGCCGCGCCUGGUUCUGCUGCCCUCCCGGGCCUCACCCUCUCGGCUGCCCACAUGCACGCCCACCUGCGUCAGAUCCAGGCCCUCAACACCGCCUCGUCUGGCUCCAUCCCGUCCGUCUCGCUCGACGCCUCGCUCGCGGCCAUCGCCUCGCCGUCCAUCUACGACUCGUCGUUCUUUGACUUUGAAUUUUCCUCUGUCGGCCUCACCCCGCCUGCCUCGGCCCCAUCCUCAGCCUCGGUCUCGCGCUCAUCUGCUCAACAGUCGGAGUCUGCUCUCAACUCCACCGCUGCUAACCCCGGCGUGGUCGACCCUGGCCUCCCCAACCCGGCCUUGCCUCAAUCGUAGCCGCAUCCAGCUGGUUUCUCGGCUCGCCCACGUGCCUGCGCCCACCGCCGUCAUUGCUCUACGAUAGCCUCCUAAACUAAUUGUGAUGUUG